AAGCCCGGAAAUUCUUUCUUAACUACUUGUUUUGGUGACUUCACAACUGCUUUUGCUUCUUCUUCACGCUUUUAUUUUCUCUUUGGGUGGGGGGCUGGAGUUUCCAGCUGAAUCUUUGGGUUUCUCUUCCUUUGAGCUGCGAUUCUUUGCUUAGAUUUGAACAAACUUGUUUUGAAAUGGAGAUUUGGAGAUGGGUUUUUAUCGGAAUUCUUUUCCUUUCCGAUUUUGUUGUCAAGAUUGAGCCUUUCAAGCUGGGUCGUAGUCAACCUACGGAGAGAAUCUCAGGCAGUGCUGGUGAUGUCUUGGAAGACGACCCAGUUGGAAGGUUAAAAGUUUUUGUUUAUGAGCUUCCUAGCAAAUACAACAAGAAGAUACUGCAGAAGGACCAAAGAUGCCUCAACCACAUGUUUGCAGCUGAGAUUUACAUGCAUAGGUUUCUUUUAUCCAGCCCUGUUCGAACCCUCAACCCCGAGGAGGCUGAUUGGUUUUACACUCCUGUAUACACUACAUGUGACCUAACACCAAAUGGCCUCCCUUUGCCUUUUAAAUCACCACGAAUGAUGAGAAGCGCAAUACAGCUUAUUUCUUCGAAUUGGCCUUAUUGGAACCGAACAGAAGGGGCUGAUCACUUCUUCCUCGUGCCACAUGACUUUGGAGCAUGCUUCCAUUAUCAAGAGGAGAAAGCUAUUGAAAGAGGGAUUCUUCCCUUACUCCAACGAGCCACACUGGUUCAAACUUUUGGACAACGGAACCAUGUUUGCCUGAAAGAGGGAUCAAUUAUAAUUCCACCAUAUGCUCCACCCCAGAAAAUGCAAACACACCUGAUUCCUGAAAAAACUCCUAGGUCCAUUUUUGUUUACUUCCGUGGACUAUUUUAUGAUGUCGGAAAUGACCCUGAAGGUGGUUACUAUGCAAGGGGGGCUAGAGCGGCAGUAUGGGAGAACUUCAAGGACAACCCACUCUUUGACAUUUCAACCGAGCACCCAACUACAUACUACGAGGAUAUGCAGCGAGCUGUAUUUUGUUUGUGUCCACUUGGGUGGGCACCUUGGAGCCCUAGAUUGGUUGAAGCAGUGAUAUUUGGAUGCAUUCCUGUUAUUAUAGCAGACGACAUUGUUCUACCCUUUGCUGAUGCAAUUCCAUGGGAAGAAAUCGGUGUUUUCGUUGACGAGAAGGAUGUCCCCAACUUGGACACAAUACUCACAUCGAUCCCACCUGAAGUAAUAUUAAGAAAGCAGAGAUUGCUUGCCAACCCUUCAAUGAAGCAGGCAAUGUUAUUCCCCCAGCCUGCUCAACCCGGAGAUGCUUUCCAUCAAGUUCUGAAUGGACUUGCACGUAAGUUGCCGCAUGACAAGAGCGUGUACUUCAAACCCGGUGAAAGGGUCUUGAAUUGGACUGCUGGCCCCGUCGGUGACCUGAAACCUUGGUAGCAGUUCUAACUUAAAAUUCCUAAAGCCUUCCAGCAUUCUACUCAGUCGACCUUCCUUAUCAGGGUUUAUCUGUGAAACCGAGCAAGAGAUACAAAAAUGUAGAACUUAAUUCUAUCGAAAUGUAUUAGAAUAUUGGUAUUUUUUUUCCGGCAGCUUUAGCAAUGUGAUUGUUCGUUGAAUGUCAUCUCAGAAUUGAGAACACCCCAAUCUUUAAUUCA